CCGGGGGGCGCCCGGCACUGGCCUGCCAUGCCCCGUGGCCCGCGGCGCCCGCUCUGGGUCUUCCUCCUGCCGCCGCCGCUGUUGCUGCUGCUGCUGCUGCCGCCGCCUCUCCCGGGAGUGUCGAGUGCGGACGCCGAGCAGACGACCGGGGAUCGGGCCGGGCCGGGUUGGCGGGACAUGCAGGAGCGGCUGCGGGAGGCUGCCACCCUCUGCCAGCGGUACUGGGCGCACUUCAGCUGCCGCCUGUGGCCCGAGGACUGCGACGAGGAGACGGAGCGCUCCGGCUGGAGUCUCCCGCUGCCGGGCCAGCAGUACCUGGAUAUUCUAGCAACAUGGUACCACCGCUUUUGGGAAGGCCGCGGGGACUGCAUGAUCUCCAAUGACUUUUCAGGCCUGGAGAUGGACCUGAGGGUGCGGCUGCAUGGCCAACACCUGGCUCAGGAGCUGAUUCCCAGGGCAGUGAGAGAACACCUGGAGCAGCCUGGGCCCCGCAAGGCUCUGGCACUCUCCUUCCAUGGUGGCUCUGGCACGGGCAAGAACUUUGUGGCAGGGAUGCUGGCGGAGCGUCUGUUCCGCGCCGGGCUGCAGAGCCCCUGCGUCCAGAUGCUGAUCGCCACGCUACACUUUCCACACACUCAGUACCUGGACCGCUACAAGAAGACACUGGCUGAACAGAUCCACCAGACACAGGGGCGCUGUGGCCAGAGCCUAUUCAUCUUUGACGAGGCCGAGAAGCUGCAUCCUAGCCUGCUAGAGGCUCUCCAGCCACACCUGGAGCACCAGCACUCCUCGGCCCCAAACACCAUCUUCCUCUUCCUCAGCAACCUUGGUGGCAGUGGCAUCAGUGAGACAGUGCUACAGCUGCUGCAUUCGGGGUUUGCCCGUGAGGACAUCAGGCUGGAGCACCUGGCACCCCGCCUCCAGGCCGAGAUGGAAGCCACAGACGAUGGCUUUGGCAGGAGUUCGCUGGUGACUGAGCCCCUCAUUGACCUCUUCGUGCCUUUUCUGCCACUGGAGGGCCAGCACGUGAAGCUGUGCGCCCGAGACGCCUUCCAGAACCGGGGUCUGGCCUACACUGAGGCAGCCCUUGAGGAGAUCGCCAGGUCACUGGUAUCCGUUCCCAAGGAGCAACCCCUCUUCUCUGCUCAGGGCUGCAAGUCUGUGUCUCAGAGGAUCAGCUACCUCUCACCCUGAGACAGGUGGGCUCGGGGAGGACUAUCAUACCUGGUGUGUAAAAAUUAAAGCCAAAAUUUUUCUAGA